UAAAUUAAGCCCCAAAAAUAUUUGCUAUUUUAUUUGAUUCUUGAAAAUCUAAUAAGCCUAAAAAACAUCUAAACUCCCGCAUUUCAGUUUCCAUAUAUAUCCAUAUCAAAAUUAAUGCUGCAACCAAAUCCAAAUCCAAAUCCCAGUUUGAAAUCGAGAUCAACAAUGUCGGCCGAGAAGCCGCCGCCGCCGCCGCUGCCUCUCCGAAGGCCACCGGGCUACAGAGACCCCAGCGCUCAAAUCCACCUCCAGCAGCAUCCUCCGCCGCCGUUGAAGCGGCGGCGGAGGGCGUGCUGCCGCAUCUGCUGCUGCUGCUUCUGCAUCGCCGCCGUGAUCCUAAUCCUCGUCUCCGCCUCCGCCGCAUUCACCUUCUACCUCUGGCUACAGCCGCGGCUUCCCCAAAUCCGCCUGAAAUCGGUGAGAUUCUCCGAUUUCAACGUCGGCACGGCCUCCGGCGGGGAGCCGGUGCUGGACGCGGCGUCCACCGUGGAGGUCGAGAUCAGGAACCCUAAUCGGAAUCUCGGAGUCGUCUACGGGAGGAGUUCCGUUGCGCUGAGCGCCGUCGGCGGCGACGUCAGCCUUGGCGAGCGGCGGGUGGCCGGAUUCAGCCAGGAGAGGGGCGGCGUGACGACGUUGAAGCUGGCGGUGAAGGUUGAGGGGGAGGUCGUCGAUGGCCGGAGCGCGGAGGUGCUGAGGAAGGGGUUCAGGAGCGGGAAUUUGGUGGUGAAUGCUGAGAUGAGGAGUGGGGUCGGAGUGAGGCACGGGCGGUGGGCGACGGCGCCGGUGGAGGUGGUGGUUGUGUGCGGCGGAGUGAGGCCGAGAGGUGGUGGUUCCAUGCAGCCUAAGUGCAGAAUAAAGGUGUUUAAUUGGGUGUUCAUAAAUUGAAUAAAUGUGUAUGAUUCACAAAUGGGAGGAGAUGAGAGCUUAUCAGAGACAGGAUUAGAGCGCACUAAUUAAAUCUUGGUUAAUCAUGUUGAUAACGUUGUUAAUUAUUACCAAUUAAGUUGAUUGUUAGUUAUUAAUGUUCGUGGCUAGCAAGAUAAUGUGUGUGUGUGUGUAUAUAAUUGAAUUGUGUAAUUUGAUGUGAUAGUGGGUUGAAAAAUUAAAUUAAUUCUAAUAGUAUUAUUAUUUGCAUAAUAUGAGUGAGUUGUUUCCGGUUGUGGGUUGCUUGGGUUGUCCAAGAAAAUUGAUGGGCUGCCUUUUGUUUAAUAAAUAAAAGGUGAGAGUUAUUA